AUGUCGCUGCGCCAGCAAGGCCUCCUCGGAUGGCUCCUACCCGACCCGAUUGACGUCGCCAUCGCGGCUUACGUGGCUGCGUGUGAGGCCGACGACGAAGGGAGGGCGGCGGCCUGGGCGGAGCUUCGAGCACGCGGCGCGACGUGUGCGGACUAUGUCGCGCGCUCAGAAAGGCAUCUAGCGAGCGAGGUCGGUUCCACCCGGCGAAACGCGUCACGACUGCUCGCGACGUUUGUGCGCGAGGCGCCGCCGCCGCCGGACGACUGUGCGGCACUGGCCGCGUUCUGCGCGGCGCGCGCGGACGACGCGCCGUCCGCCGAACAUGCGCUGCGGGCGCUCGCGGACGUCGUGGAAGCGGCGCGCCGCGGGACCGGUGAGGGCGGCGCGGCGGCGGCGGCGGCGGCGGCCCUGUGUUUGUUCGGCGACGGCGCGGUUCGGGCCCCAGCGUUCCCGCGCGCGGCGCGCGAGAGGUUUUUCGACGCGCAGCGCGCCGUCCUGGACGGAAAAGCGGCGGAGCUCGCGGCCGCCGCUUCAAACGAAGGCGCGGCCCGCUUCGCGCGCGGCGUCGCCGCGGCCGUGGAUGGCGAGCGCGACCCGCGCUGCCUCCUGCGGGCCCUGGGCGCCGCGCGCGGUUGUGGCCGGGCGGCGGACACUAUCGGCUGGGGCGACGCGGGCGCGGCUGCGGGCCUCGCCGCUGCAUUAUCGCCCUACUUUCCCGUGUCCUUCGUCGCGCCGGCGCGCAACCCGCACGGCGUCACAGCGGUCGGGCUCCGCGAGGCGCUGCGCGCGGCGCUGACGGCCGCGCCGGAACUCGCGAGCGAGGCCCUCGACCUCGCGCUCGAGUGCCUGCGCGACACCGGCGCAUCGCCUGACGAGAUCGGGGAAGCGUUGACCCUCGCGGCGCGCGCUGCCGAGGUCUGUCCGGAAGCGAGCCUUGAGGCGACGGCCGAGGAGCUGAUGAAGGCGGUCGCAGCGGUCGCGUCGAUGGCGCCGGCGCCGGCUGCAGCCGCAGCGCAGCGCCUCGCAGCGCGGGCCUGGCAUAGGAGGGUGGCGUGCGCACGGGGACUGCGCAUAGCAGCGCGGGCGGCGACGGCGUCCCCGGCGUCGCGCGCCGCGCGCGCCGCGGCGCAGGUCCUUGCGGCCGUCGCAAGCGCGGGGCCGCGGGCAUGGCGGGCGGUCGUCGCAGCGGUUGCGCCGGCGCUGGGUGCCUUGGUCGCCGGCGGUGGCGCGGACGCCGCGCCCGCGGUGAGCGACGGCGCGGAAAGGGCGCUUCAGCUUGCAACGACGCAGCGGGGUGCGACGCCGCCGGCCUCGCGAGAGGCGCGAUCGCGACGCAUGGUCCAGGUUCCAAUUCUUCACGCAGGCGCGGGCGCUCGCGCAGCUCUUUGGCGCGGCCCGCGGCCUCGGCGCCGCCGCCUGGCUUGAUAGUGCCGCCAGGAGCGCGGUGGUCGCGGCAGCGGCGGCGGCAACGGGCGGCAGCUCCGCGGCGCAGGCCGCAUGCCGCGCGGUCGCCGCCGCCGCGCACGCGGGCGCGCCGCCGGAGGUGCUCGGAGACGGCAACGUCGCGGCAGUCCUCAAGGCGCGCUGUCGCGACCGGCCGGGCCUCGCUGCGGCGCUCGCCUCGGCGCGGCCGGCGGCGGCAGCGGCGGCGCUCGCUGGCGCCGACCCGGCCGUGGCGGCCGCGCUCGCGGCGGCGCCAGCAGCGGCGGACGUCUGGGCCCCGCACGCUGUCGUGGCGUUGGCAGCGGGCGGCCCGGGAGCAGACGCGGUGGCGGCGGCGGUGGUCGCGGCGGCGCGCGCGGGCCGGCUCCACCAACGCGCCGCGGAUGCGCUCGCGUCACAUGAGGCGGCGGCGGCCGCUCUCGCAUUGCGGGGCGCCCUAGCGGCCGUCGUCGGCGCCGCCGCAGCCGAAGCGGCCGCGCGUGCGGCGCCGGCCGCGUCGCGUCAGAACGACGCAGCCGGGUUGGGCGCCUGCCUCGCGCGGGGCGGCGCGGCGGCUGUCGACGCGGCCAUCGUACCCGAGGCGGGGCCCUGCUUCGAGGCAUUCCUCCUCUUUGCGCCACGCGGCGACGCGGCGACGCGUGAGGUCCUGCGGCGGGCGCUCGCAGAAUCGCGCGUCGGCGACCAAAGCUGGUCGGCCUGCGCGCGCGCGGCCGUCGCGCGGCGCGACGCACCACCUGGCACGGCCGCCGUCGUCGCCAGUGUGGAAUCAACCAGUGCGUCGGGUGCACCCAAGAAUUCUUCACAAAGUCAUUCUACACAGGUCGUCGCAGAGGCCGUCGCCGCCGCGUUCGCCUCUGGUAAUGCCGACGCCGCUGCGGCGUGUGUCGCGCAAAUUACGGCGCCAGCGCCGCGUGGCGCGCUUCUGGCGCGCUUCUGGCGCCAGCGGUUCCGCGUGGCGCUCACGCCGAUCCUCUCCGCCGCGCCGCCCAGCGCCGCGCGCGACCGCGCUUUGGUCGCGCUGGCGCGCGGUGCGCCGCCCGCGGUCAUCGUCGAGGAGGCCACAACCCUGGGGGCGGCCGCGGCGCGCGCGCUCGGCGCCGGCAGAGAUGGAAACCAAGCCGCCGCGGCCGCCGUGUUGCUCACGCUCGCGCGCGGCGGCGCCUCUACGGAAGCCGCGGCCUCCGGCGCCGUAAAGGCGUGCGCGGCCGCCGCGUGCGACUCAAACGCGCCGCCCGCCGCCCGCGCCGAUGCCGUCCGCUGCCUCGGCGCGCUGGCUGCGGAAUUGCCACACGCGCGGUUCUACCCGCAUCGAAAGGCAGUCGGGGCAGCCCUCUCUAGCGUCCUGAGCGACGAACGCCGCUGCCUCCGCGCGCUCGCGGCGCGCUCCGGCGAUCGGGGUUUUACCCAGUACUAGGACUUAAGGGCCUGACGCCAAUUGGUUACACCAAAAAAACGCGGAGCAGCACGCAGUGAAUUUUAAGGACGUGUACAUUGCAUGGGCCCAGGCAGAUCAGUGCCAGUCUGCACCCGCACGAGAGAGUAGGGGGUGUCGGUUUUGACACUCCCCAGGUCAUUCGACCUGAGUCGCAUCAAAACAGAGCACCCCCGGGGCUGGGAGACUGAAAAUCCAUCGCGUUCCCCCUAGUUUCCCAUUCCCCGAAAUUACCAAAAUGCGUAUGACGGACGCAAUUCCCCGUCACAAACCCCAUCAAACAUGGGAGAAACUAUUUCGUUAGACGACUACACUACGCUGCCGGGGAAGUCCGGAGCUACACACUCUAUUUCCCUAUGCAUCGCAGGAGCAUAGCGCAUCGUUGGCUAGUAAGAGGUGAUAUUGGAUUGGUCGAUUCAACAAUAGUAUGGGACGUGGUUGCCUGCUUCUCUUAGCUAGACCCUGGCUGCAUACAAUGUUACGGCGUGCUCUUGCUAGUGCUUUCACAGUGUCUCGGCCCGGGCCCCGGGGGGGGGGGUCAACAUGUACUAUACCUGUUUGCUAAGAGCAGGGGUAAACGCCGGCAGACGACUCCAGUUGCGCGGCGCAGCAGCGUAGUGAAACCUGCUUCUGUUGCUGGGUCCAUGCCGCGCGCCCUGCGGGCGGCCGCGCUGCUCGCGAGUGCCGCGCGCGCCUGGGACGUGCGCACGCCGACCAACACGACGUGCCUCGGCGGCUGCGCCUGCGUGCCGCGGCUCCGCGCGUGCGUGCCGACGGCGCCGGCGAAGGACGCGCGCGUGCUGGCGCUGAGCCUCGCGUCGCUCGCGCGCCACGGCGCCGACGUGGCCGAGGUCUGGGUCGUGUCGCGGCGCGCGGCGGGCGUCGACGCGGCGGUCGCGGCGGCGAACCGCGUCCGGCCGGUCGCGCGCUGGCUCGACGAGGCCGCGCACUUCCCGUUUGACUACGCCGGCGUGCGCGCCGCGCUCGGCGCGGCCCGCGGGCGCGCCCCCGACGGGGGCGGCUACCAGUACGCCGUGGGCUGGUACCUGCAGCAGCUCCUGAAGCUCUACUGCGGGCGGGCGAUCGCCCGCGCCGCGCGGAACACGACGGGCGCGGGACCCGGCGGCGGCGGCGGCGGCGGCGAGGGCGGCGAGGGCGCCGACGUGCUCGUCGCCGACUCGGACGUCGUCUGGACGCGCGACGUGGCGUUCGUCCACGCGGCCGCCCCCGACGCGGGCGGGGCGUGCCGCGCGACGUACAACUACGCCUUCAGCCGCGAGGCGCACCAGCUCUACUACGACACGAACGCGCGGCUCCUCGGCGCCGCCGGCGCGCCGCUGGCGGACUCGGCGGGGCGCGACAUCUCGGGCGUGGCGCACCACAUGGUCCUGCGGGGCGACGUCGUGGCGGCGCUCGAGGCCGCCGUGGCGGCGCGCCACGGCGCGCCGCUCCACGCCGCGCUCUUCCGCGGCGCGGCGGGCGUCGCGGCGAACGCGCGCCGCAACGCGUUCUCGGAGUACCAGCUCUACUUCCACUUCGCGCGGCGGCGCUUCCCGGCCAGCGUGCGCGUGCGCCAGCUCUACUGGGCCAACGGGCCCGGGCCGCGCGCCGUCGCCGCGUGCGGCGCCGACGGCUGGCCCGCCGCCGCGCUGCGGACGUUGGGUCACGCCACGGAGGCCGUGGAGAUCGAUCGGGCCGCGGGCUACGACUUCGCCGCCUACCACAGCUACGCGAAGCGGCGGCCGUGCGUCUACGGCCCGGCGGCCGACGCCGCCGACGGCGGCGCGUGCUUCGGGGGCGGCUGCACGCGGGCCUGCUUCAAGAGCCGCAUCGACGAGCGGUUCAAGCGCCGGGACCGCGCCGCGACGGCUCCGAGGCUCUGCGCCGCUAGGUAA